AUGGUACCUUAUUCCAGUUGUGGCGCCGGGAGAAAUGCUGCCGGGGGUGCCAGCGGGUCUAGUGGUAGCGGAGGUGUCCGCGGUGGGACUGCGGGAGGAAAUUGCGAUGGGGUGGAGCGAAGAAUGGUCGACAUUACCAGAGAUAAGCCAAUCAAAGUUGCUGUCAGGGUACAGGUCCCUGUCAGGGAUCACCCGAAGUUCAAUUUCGUCGGUAAAUUAUUAGGGCCAAAGGGCAACUCAUUGAAGCGUUUACAAGAAGAGUGCGGCUGUAAGAUGGCUGUUUUAGGUCGCGGUUCAGUAAAAGACCGUCAAAAGGAGGAGGAGCUGCGAGCUAGUGGUGACCCGAAAUUCUCCCACCUCAGUGAAGAUCUUCAUGUUGAAAUUAGCGCAUUUGCAACUCCAGCGGAGGCACAUGCUCGGAUUGCUUAUGCUCUUGUUGAGGUUCGUCGUUUUCUUGUUCCUGAUUAUAAUGAUGAUAUAAGACAAGAACAAAUGUGGGAAAUGCAGAUGAUGAGUACAGAAAAUAAUAAUCAAGAUUUACCAUCAAGUCCCGAUGAUACUUUAUCAGAGCCAGCAGCAUCUCCAGUUUCCAGUACAACUGGCAAUGGCAAUGGUACCAGUAACGAUCACGAGUCUUCCUCUAAGCCUGGAGUAACGCAAACGACGCAAGGCAAUGGUAUGUUGACAGGAUGUCGUAAGCGACCGCUAAUAUCAUCAGGCAAUCGACCUGCCAUGUCGCCAAUUAAACGAACAGUAAUGUCACUAUUGGCACGGGCUCGUGCUGCUCAGCACAAAGAGCUGCAUCAGCAAGUAGGUAUGGUUUCUAAUCAAACGCCGGCAGCGAUCCAUCAAAGUCCGUUGAAUUUGUUGGCUGCGCAGACUGCGCCAACGGUACAUACGGUUACUCAGGUGCCGCAAUUGCAGCUAAUAGGAUCAUCAAUUCCACAACAUUCGGCUUCUCGGCGGCCGCCAAUUCUUCCAGCUCCUCUUCCACAGCAUCAGAUGCUGGCCCCUACGAUACAUGGACUAAUACACACCCAAAGAGUUGCCGGUGGCCCUGUACUUCCACUUGUACGGGAGGAUCUCAUUGCAGGAGUUAAUCUCGUUUAAUUUCUCUGACAACUAGCCGCCUCGUACAAAGUGAUAAGAGAAGACUUAAUACAGUGACGAAUACCAGUUUAAUAAAUUUUCUUUUCUAUGUUCAGUGAUAAUUAUGCCAAUUAUUCGUUUUCCUUUUUUUGUUCUAAUCUGAAGAUUUAUUGAACAGGGUUGAACAGUGUUGUUAAUUUUUUUUUUUUUACUGUUUCGUUAGUGAACCCUGGGACCAACUGUCUAGUCAUCUCAUAGUAUUGUGGUUAACAUUUAUAUAGAGCUUAAUCUAUUUUAAU